UGAAGUUAAGCCAAGCUAUAUUUCACAUCAGUGCAUUUUCCAUCCAUGUGUUACGUGCGUUUGAGAGGCGUAUUUUAUAACCAACCUUAAGUUGCUUGUGCUCGUGUCGCGUUGUGUGCAAGGUUAUCCUUAAUUUCUUUCCCAACUGUAACCUUCAUUGAAAAGUGAGAAAAGCUACGCGAGCAGACAGGCAAAAUGUCUUUCAUGCGAGGACCUGCUCCCGUUCGGAGGACUCUGCAGUAUCUCGAGAAAGGUCGCCUAGUGUUCAAGGACCGAGUGAAAAUCAUGAGCCUGAAUUUCAACACUGCCGGAAGAGCCAGGGAUCGGCACGAAGGCAUGAAAGAUUUCGUCUUCUGGUUUCUGCCUCAGGUUCAGUACAAAAAUCCCGACGUGCAGGUCGCUAUAUUCAAGAACAUGACGCCGACGCCGUUCGCCAGGUUCUGGCUGGAAGACGGCAAAGAGGUCAUCAUGGACGUAGACGGAAAGAGCAAGGAAGAGAUCCUAAACCAAAUGCUUGUGACGCUGGGCAAGACGACUGAGCAGCUACAGAGGGAAGCACUGAUGCGAGAGAAGAAAGACACGCCGGCCAACUUCGGCAGACAUUACGACAAGUUUUGCAUCUGCGAAGUGCCAGGACAAGUCCCUUGCCCGGGAAUCGUACCACUGCCUAAAAGCAUGCGUGGGAAGUUCCGACUUGAACAGGAACUGUGAAUUAAAAACAAAGAGUGGUGCUGUUUGGAAUUGUAUGAGCGAGUGGCAACAAGAAAUGACUGUGAAAUUGCCGAUUCGUAUGAACUGCGUUGGCAUCGUGGCAAUGCGUUGUCGCUUGAUGGUACCAGGAGUGCUGAUGCUGUAGACAAUUCAAUGAAAACGACAAUUAUGAAUAGAACUUUGUUCCUGUGCAGAUUUCGUGAGCAUUUUUUGGGACCUGAAUGAACAUGAAUUUUCUAUUGC